CUCGCAUCGGGCACUGCCUGUGGCAACGUUUACCAAGGCUUGUCGGACUGCGUCCUCAAGCUGGGGGAAAGCAUGACCAUGUAUGAAGAGGCAGAUGGCAUCGAGCUGCAGGGGUUACACCGAGUCUGUGGGUACUGGGAUGAAUUUCACACAUGUGCUCUGAUGGCGCUCUGGGAGUGCCAGAAGGAAGCAACAGCUGUCUGGGAGAUGCUGAGAAGGGAGUCUCGAAAAAUCAAAUUUCAAGGCAGCUUGUUUGACCUCUGCAGCCCCAGCAUGGCCCAAAGCUUUGCCUGGACCCACGUUCCCAACAUUUCUGUCCUCAACAUCCUCCUCAUCAUCACUUGGCUGAACUUAUAA